ACUCUAUAGACAUCUGAGAGACCAACACGAUUCUCCUCAUUACAGACAUUUAAUUUUGUUAAAUUACAGUUUAACGGCUUUGAUCACAUGUGAUCAAAUCAAUAUGGCCGACUUUUAGUAAAAGGGUUUUUUAAACCUUCAUGAACUAUUUCCAAGGACAAUACAACAAUAGACGAGCCGAGACAAACAGACGCAGAUGGGAGGUCAGCAGAGAGAGAACAUGAAGAAGAAACAAUAAUAAAACGAGGACAAAGAUAAAAAGGUAAAAUAAUUAUAUUAAAAUAAACAGAAGCUAGAGAUUAGAUUCCUAAAUGUUCAUCGUAAAGUUUCACAGAAAUGUUGGUUUCAACGUAUUUGACUCGAGAACAAAAGUUGUAGUUUAAUGUGGAUUUUAAAAAAGUAUGUUUUAUUUAUAAAAAUGUACCAAGUUAUUGUUGUGUUCAUUCAUAUAAUAGCCAUUAAAAAAAUAAUAUUACGAGUUAUUUUCUUGUAAAUUUAUUACUUUAAAUCUCGAGAGGAAAAAAAUCAUAAGAUUUAAAGUCAUAAUUAAAACAAUGUUUUGCUUGUAAACUGGCCCGAAUACGUUUAUUUAAUUGUGCAAUUUGUAUUUAAUAAUCAAACCAACAUAUUUUUUUAAUCAAGGGCCUGCAAACAUUUACUGAACUAAUAACACAAAUCGUCUUAAAAAGUAAACACAUAAUCAUAAAAUAAAUGUUCUUGUUACAAAAUGAGUUAAAACAAUUAAAUUGAAGCACCUCGACAGGAAAUCAGAGGAUGGAUAAACUUCAUUGAUUAUCUUAAAAAUAAUCUCUACAGGUAGAAACAUGUUUUGUUAAAAAGUCCAUGUCAGAAAUAAAAGAUAAAGUGAUGAACAUACAGAGUAAAACCGCUUCUCUCUGGCGACACCACGCGGUCCGCAGCGGAACUGCAGCGUUCAGGACUUACUGCUCCACUUCCGGUGUGGGGGAAAGGCGGGAGUUUUGUUUUAACAGACUGUCCUUGAAAGCAGCGCGCGGGACCUGUCAGACGUCAUGGUCACGUGACAGCACAAAGGGGAAUAAACAUGGCGGUCCGACAGUGAGGAAAAGUACCGCGAUUCUUUCUCAAACUUCGCUGAAUUUUGCCUAAAGUUCUUGGCGGCAGCGCAGACCACAAGACGACCACUUCCGGGUCGCCUCGUUCGGAUGUUCUAUCGUCAGGAUUCGGAGAAGCCCGACUGUGUUCGUAGCCUCUCGGUGUAGUUUGUUUCCAUGUCAGCCGCGCUGGGAGCUAACACUAUUCUACCGAACCGAGUCUGUAUAGUUCGGUUCCGGAUGUGACGGUUCUCUGUCUUGUUCUGCUGUCAGCCGCCGGGGGACAGGUGAGACGGAGGACGCGCCUCAUCCACAGCAGCGUCGGUCAGAACAGCUGCAUGUCCAGGAGGAGGAAGCUCCCGAAGGAAAGCUCCUCUGUGGAGGCCCAGAUGGAUGAAGAGGAGGAGGAGGAGGAGCAGGACGGCCAGGCCGAGUCGGCAGCUCUGCCAAAGAUCAGAGGAACGAGGCGCAAGGAGAACAAGUCCAAAGAGAUGUCAGAGGAGGAGAUGAUGGACCUGGCCCUCCGCCUGAGCAAGCAGGAGGCCAGCGCCACGGAGCUGCGGCAGCAGGAGGAGGAGGAGGCCGUGAGGAAGGCCAUCCAGCAGAGCAUGUUUGACCAAAGCCAGCCGUUCCAGACCGCCGGUUCACCAAACCGCCUUUCUCCACGGAAACUCUCGUUCCCAAAUGAGGAGAAGCUGCUUCCAGAGAAUGGAUGCUCACCUGAGCCCUUCUCAGGAAAGACAGAGGAGAUCAGGAGAAAGAGGCAGAGGAGAUCCGGAAGUCUUCUGCUGGAGAUGCCGGAUCUGUCCCAAACCCAGAGAAAGGACUCGGAGUCCUCCUGCGACUCUUUCUUGGUUACACUGGACUCCCCACAGAGCUCCGACUCCACUCGGAUUGACGGUUCUGAGCCUGUCAAGUCCCCGGUGUUCCCGCUGACCGGCUGCAGGGCCGUGGUCCACGUGGACCGGCUGAGCCAGGAAGUGGUGGAGAGCUGCAGACACUCCGGGUUUGUGUCUUGUUCUCAGGACACUUGGAGCUGUACGCAGAAGUCCACCUGGACUAGAAGCCCCACCUUUCCCCAAAGUAACCCCAAAAGCCCCGCCAGCCCGACCGCAGACCCGGAGCUCGCCACUUCCUCUCAGGAAAGUCUCACGCCCCCCUUAGGGCGCAGGAGCCCAGUGUUCCCCCGAAGCCCGUCAGAGACCCUCAGCAUGGCUGCCCCACAGCAUGGGACCCCCGCACAGCACGAGACCCCCCCACACUCACAGAAGACCUCGGGUCUGGAUGCCCAGAAGAGGCUGUCUGACUGCAGACAGCUUCCUGCAGUCACAGACGAGAAGAGGAACGCAGCCUACAGCUCCGCCCACUCGCCGCUUAGCAGCAACAUGAUGCUGGCCUGGUCAGACGAGGACGACGUCUCGCCGCUCGGAUCUCCAAGCCCGGUUUUCCCCCAGGAGAGACGUCCUCAUGGGGCGGAAGAUCAGUCCGCUUCACCGGACACCGCCAGGCCCAACUGCAGCCUGAACACCUGGAGCAGCUCAGAUGAACACCCUUCCUCUUCAUCUGCCCCCGGCAGCAGAAAGGAGCCCGCCCCCCCCUCAGAAAAAGUCCUCAGGCCGGUGUGUAGGGAGCCCCCUGGUGGCCAGACGGUUCUCUACUUCUGGGGUAUCCCCUUCUGCCCCCGUGGCCUGGACCCUGACGCAUACACUCAGGUGAUCGAGGCGCAGAUGGAGGUUUACCAGAAGAGUGUGAAGCAGGCCCAACGGCGUCUGCUCAGGAAGGCGCCGUGGGGGGAGCCCAUCCUGCCGGAGCCAGAGAAAGCCUCCUCACCUGAAACGGCGUCUGAACCUCCUCGUCUCCGUGCUCCUCAGAGACGAGGUCUAAAGCUGAGGGAAAGAAAAACCUGUGAAGCUGCUGAGGAGAAUCCAGACCAGGAGGAGGAGGAGGAGAAACACCAGGAGGAGGAGCAGAUGGAGGAGGAGGAGGGGCAGAUGGAUGCAGAAGUUUGUCCAGAAACGCAGCUGAGCGGAGAAGAAGACACAGAGGGGCGGAGCCUGACGGCAGAGGGGCGGGGCCUCUCAACAGAGGGGCGGGGCCUGCCAGCAGAAGUGCCGUCUCCUGGAAGUCCUGAGCUGCCAGAGGUCCAGGUGAUUCUUCCAGAUGAUUCUCCCGUCAGGGCGGAGCCUCCAGAAGAGCGUGACGGCUCAGCAGAAGGACCGACCGUAGAGCGGGGCUUGGCAGCUGCUGUGGGGGUGGAGGUGGAGGACGGAGAUCCCGGUCCAGAACCGGCCCUCGACGCCAGCAGCCCCCCCACCUUUGUGGACUGCCCCAUCUGUCAGGUGUCUUUCCCCGCCGGCGACAUUGAGAUGCAUGCCGCGUUCUGCAACGGGGAGGGGACGGAGGAUGGGAGGAGCAACCACGGUUUCCAAGAAUCCCCGAAGCCUCGAAGGCAGAGGUCGAGGAGAGCAGAGGCCGCUGAGGACAGCAGCCGGCCCUCAGACGUCUGCAGGGCUUCAGAGAAGUGCUUCAUCUGCCAGAAUGCCGUUCCUCUCAGGGAGUACAGCCGCCACACGGAGCUCUGCAUCCGGCGCUGCAGGUCCAAGCUAUCAGCGAAGGGGAACCUGCUGUCGGCCCUGCAGGACACGGAGAGCAGGAGUCCAGAUCUCCAACCAUCCGGAUCCAGAGUCCAGCCUGAAGAGGUCAUCGACCUGCGGGACGACGACAGUGACGCCGCCGCCUUCCGGGUCACGGACUCCCCCAUCAGAACCUUCACUCCCAUCUCGGAGGUCACGGACUGCCUCGUAGACUUCAAGAAGCAGAACCGGGCCAAGAAGCCAAGCCAGAGGCGGAGAUGACAGCGGCGGGUCCUCGGGUCUGCCUGGAGAACAGGUGCAGACCUUCAUCCUCAGACGUGAACGCUGACGUUCCUCGUCUUCCUCAGGUCCUCCUCACCUCCAGCUGGACCUGGGCUUCGGUUUCUGAUCCUGGACGAAACGUUUUAUUGUUUCCUGUCAACUUUUGACACAAAGCCAUUAAAACACAAAUGAAAGACG